CUACAGUCUGUGUCUGUCUAAACCACCAGAAGAAGUAAUACACCCCUGCGUGAAAGCUUAAAGCUUGUGGCUUGGUUGGUAACAGUCCAUGCCGUAGCUGUAGUUUACUGGCCCGCUUGACCCUCCGGACCUGCGCAAAGACCCAGAUGCUCGCUGUCUCAGUCGCCUCCCACCGGCUGCCUCCCUCCUACUCCGCACCUGGGUUUCCUUACCACUGUCGACUACAGGCGAAGUACCACAGUCUCGCUCUCUCCCCAGCUCUGGAGGCAUCGCUCGCACGUCGGUAGCGCUCUCCCUGCGUCCACUGAAUCGCCGAUCGCCAAUUUGACCGAAGCUCUGGAACAUGCACUUUUGAAUUUUCAGCAAAGACGGAAGGACAACUCAUUCUGGAUAACCCAAAUGAAACGUCAGAAUUAGAAGAGUGCUGCUUGCACGGCCGUGGACUGGGCAUAUUUUAGCAUCUCGUGUGCUUUGAUUUCCCCUCAGAUUCGCUCAUCACGACGUACCAGGCUCUCCCAGUAUUGACAGCGAAAGUGCUGGACCCCUUAUCACUCUCUCUGUUACCUUUAGGGUUGGACUUGACAGUAAAUAACUUCUUGGACUUACAUCGAUAGGACGGCGGCAUCGUUUUGGUUGGUUCCAACCCUUUCCAGACGAAGACAGGAGCUUUACUUUGCACUCCCAACACCGUAACGCAUGGUGGGCAUUUCUGCCUCUUUUCAGUGUCGCACUGAGAAGCGCCUCACCAUGCCCGACUCCCCUGCGGAUGUGAAGACGCAGUCCAGGUUAUCGCCCCCCACCAUGCCCCCGCCCCCCACCUCACAGGGAGCCCCCAGGACCAGCUCCUUCACACCGACCACACUGACCAAUGGCAGUAGCCACUCCCCCACCACUAUGAACGGCGCCCCCUCCCCGCCUAACGGCUUCAGCAACGGCCCCUCCUCCUCCUCCUCGUCCUCCCUGGCCAAUCAGCAGCUCCCGCCGGCGUGCGGCGCGCGGCAGCUCAGCAAGCUCAAGCGCUUCCUCACCACGCUGCAGCAGUUUGGCCACGACAUCUCGCCCGAGAUCGGAGAACGCGUGCGCACCCUGGUGCUGGGUCUCGUUAACUCCACUCUGACCAUAGAGGAGUUCCACUCCAAGCUCCAAGAGGCCACCAACUUUCCACUUCGACCUUUUGUCAUCCCCUUUCUGAAGGCCAAUCUACCGCUCCUGCAGAGGGAGCUGCUGCACUGUGCGCGUCUGGCCAAGCAGAACCCGGCCCAGUACCUGGCCCAGCACGAGCAGCUCCUCCUGGACACCAGCACCACCUCCCCCGUCGACUCCUCAGAGCUGCUGCUCGACGUCAACGAGAACGGCAAGAGGCGUACACCCGACAGAACCAAAGAGAACGGCUUCGAGCGGGACUCCCUGCACCCGGCGGAGGCCGUCCACCCCAGCAAGAGGCCCUGCACCAUCAGCCCCGGCCAGCGCUUCAGCCCCUCCAACGGCCUCCCUUACACGCACCAGCACCAGCCCAAUGGGCUGCCCCACCCCACGCCGCCCCCUCCGCCACCCCCCGCCCCGCAGCACUACCGCCUGGACGACAUGGCCCUGGCACACCACUACCGAGAGUCCUACAGCCGGCACGCCAACCACAACCACCGCGAGAUCAGGGAACGCCCACGGCCCAUCGGUAUGCAUGGCUCUCGGCAGGAGGAGGUGAUCGAUCACCGGCUGACAGACAGGGAGUGGGCGGAGGAGUGGAAACACCUUGACCAUGUAAGAAAACUACUGAACUGCAUCAUGGACAUGGUGGAGAAGACGCGGCGUUCCCUGACGGUGCUGCGCCGCUGCCAGGAGGCCGACCGGGAGGAGCUCAACUAUUGGAUCCGGCGCUACAGCGACGCAGAGGACCUCAAGAAGAGCGGCGGCGGCUCCAGCAGCCAAUCACGGCAGCAGAGCCCCGGCAGCCAAGAUGGCUCCCCAGGAGAGAUUCAUCGAGAGCUGCUGCACAGACCCGUGUCAGGAUACGUGCCAGAGGAAAUCUGGAAGAAAGCCGAAGAGGCCGUGAACGAGGUGAAGCGGCAGGCCAUGACCGAGCUGCAGAAGGCCGUGGCGGAGGCGGAGAGGAAGGCCCACGACAUGAUCAGCACUGAACGCGCCAAGAUGGAGCGCACCGUCGCCGAGGCCAAGAGGCAGGCGGCCGAGGACGCGCUCUCCGUCAUCAACCAGCAGGAGGACUCCAGCGAGAGUUGCUGGAACUGCGGCCGCAAGGCGAGUGAGACGUGCAGUGGCUGCAACACGGCGCGCUACUGCGGCUCCUUCUGCCAGCACAAGGACUGGGAGAAGCACCACCACGUGUGCGGCCAGACCCUCCAGGCCCAGCAGGGGCAAGGGCAGCCGGGGCAGCAGGGCCCACCGGGAGGCCACAACCAGGGUCACAACCAGGGCCACAACCAGGGCGAGACCCCCGCCACCAUCAGCUCCGCAGCCACCCCCAGCAGCGGAGCCGUCAGCCCCUCCGACACCCCCUCGCACGCGGCCACACCUCGCUCGGCCACCCCCGGGACCCCCUCCACGAUAGAGGCCGCGACACGCUAGGAGUGUCCCCCAAAGGCUAGCCUAGCCUAGCAGAGACAAUUUUUUUUCCCUUUCAAUGCCUUCACCCUUCUACCUCCCCCCACCCGCUCAAACGCCAUUUCUCUUGACAUCCCACCCUUCCCAGCGAGACUAAUUUCCGGCCUCCAGCAGUACACGCCCCACCUGGCUUGCUGAAGACAUUCAGCUAGCACACAAAGUUAGACCAAGAGAGAGGAGGGAUGAAGGCUGGUUCAUGCUAAGCUAGCAUGCUAAAUAUGAAAUAGAGGAAGGUCAGCAACCUCACGUUAACCAAGAGAGACAAAACAAUAUCUGUUAAGCUAACCAAGAGAGAGGAGUGGGAACAUCGGGACAGAGUCACAGAAUAAGGAUGAGGUCCAUAUUGGGUCAUAUUGACUUACCAUUAUAAAGAAACACAAAGAUAUUCUUUGAUGUAAAAAAAACUCACACAAGUUGCUUAAUGUCACUAUUGUUAUUACUAUAGCUAAUUAAUUUGUUGUUGUCGUCGUCAACGUCAUUGCCUCAUGUUUGUUUUUCGCUUUUUUUAUUUUCUUGUAAAUAAGAAAAAUAGAGUUAUCUCUGAAGACCUCAAAACGAGGAUGAAGUGAUCUCGCCCCUCUAAGUUGUCCUGUUUUUUUUUUUCAAAAAGUUCUUACAUCCACUAGCUGGGACUGCAAACCUAGUUGACCUCAUUGAAAGACACUUUACCAAAACAAAACAAAACAAAACAAACAAAAACCAACAAACCAAGAGAAGUUCGCAGCUGUGGAAAAGCAAAGACAAAUGUUAUCUGUGAUUGGACUGAGCCAAGGACAGAGACGAUGAGGGACAAUUUAAAAAAAAAGGAAUACGAAGAAAAACAAAGCUGACUAACGCCAUUGGGGGUCUAGAAAGGAGACAAGAGGCAGCUGAAGAUGGAUGGCUUUGAGUGUGCACUGGACUGAACUCCACUGACAUGCAGUGCAGAUGUGCACCAGAUUGUAAAAAAAGGAGCACAGAUGUUUAUCGUUGUCCAUCGCCGCCAACCCCCAGCCCCACCUGCCAUCCCCCUCGCACUCUCUUUCGCUUUCCUCCCCCCGCUCCUCGCACUUCUUCAAGAUGUUUAAUAAUCUUCAGGUCAGUGGACUGAGAAAUGAGAAGCUGUUCCUCAGUCAAAGGACAAGAGCACAGGAGAGUUGAGCAGCAGCAGGAGCGUGGAUGCGUCACUAACGCGGCUACAGAAAGGAACUACUUCUUUUACGCACUUCUGAACAGGAAGUGCACUCCCUCUGCGACACAGGAAGUGAAGUCAUUAGUCCCGCCCACCAGCCGAAGACUGUCGGCCCCUCACUACAUGACAGCAGGCUCGGCUCCAAAGGGCUGUAAAUUGACCCCCAGUUCCCCAUUAGGGUUCUCUCUGCAUCCUAGAUCUUUCCGGUUGGUUCUUCUGCUCUCUUCUCAUAACAUCAGCCUCCAGGCUUUAUUAUCGUUUUGUCUUUGUUACCUUCUCCUGCUCUCCCUCUCAUUUAGUAGCUCUGAUUGUGUUCAAGCACUUGCAUCCAGUGCAGUUGUUAUUAAUGGUUAUUUAUUGUACUUGUGUUGGACAAUUGUGGAGAUGCGUUAACAUAAGUUUAAAACAUGGUCAUACUCACAUAUUCCACAUUUCUUUUUGCUGGUGCAAAUAUGUGGGGAAGCAAACGGAAAAAAAAUGAAGAACCCUCUUUCUUACUCUCUUUCUUGAGCUGCUUUCUCAUUUCAACUGUGUUUGUGAUAGUUCCCAAGUGGUUCUUUAAGGAGAGCAAACGUGACUUCUCGCCAUCGCUGUGGAACAGGAAACACAAGCUAUCUCUCAGAGCUGCUAUUUCACACGAAAUUCAGAACUUUUGUCUGAGAAUUAGCAUGUUGCGUGGAAUGCUAAACAUUUGAUGACUUGUACAAGGGACGUACAUAACUGUAUUUGCACUGUCACAGACUUUUUUUCUCAGCAUGCUUUUUGACCAUUUUCAUUUUUCUUUGGGUAGAGAGCCAUUCUUCACAGAUUUUUAUUCUGUAGUGCUUUGCAUAUAUGUGACUUUCUGUAAAAACUGAGAUGAAAAAUGUAUCCCGAUCUGCUUUUGUUAGCAACAUUAUAACUUUGCUUUGAGUAAAUACAGGCGGUGCAUGCACAUUACUGAACGCUGAGAUAUAUGUUGUUUUUAUAAGAAAAAAGAAAAAAAUUGACUAAAAGCAAAAAAAGAACAAAAAAUCUUUAAAAAAAAUAAACCAACUCCCAAAUGCAGAGGCAUAGACAGACAGCUUUAACACAACAAAGCACCAGGUCUCACACAGUAUUACAAAAUAAAAAAAUACAAAUGAAAUGAUACCUAAACAUGGAUUACAGCCAAAGACAGACAUGAAGGACCAAAACCUGAGUAUCCAAGAACUGAAACAUAAAGACUUUUUGC